UUUAAGAAGGGUUGAUUAUUGAAAAUUGCCACUAUAUAAAGGGGGGAAAAGAAAUUGCACUGGUUGUAGUUUUUUAUCUACUGUGUCUUUUGAGGGAAAAAUAAGAAUAAAUUUUUUAAUCAUGGAAGCGGUACCCAUGGAAAGUUCCGUUUUCUCAACGCCAAUUUUAUUUCCUUUAUUAUCAGUGGCUACAAUUUUAUUUGCCCUCUAUUAUUAUAUGGAAUCAAUGCAUGUUUUUAAACUUGGAAAAAAACUGCCUGGACCCCAAACAAUACCAUUCUUUGGCAAUGCUCACAGUUUUCUUAAUGUAAAGCCAAAAGAUAUUUUAAAAAAGAUUCUUGAAAUUGAUGUUUAUGGAAAUGUUGUUCGUGCAUUCAUUGGACCAAAACUUCUUGUAUUCCUCUCAGAUCCCAGAGAUGUUGAAAUUAUACUCAGCAGUCAAGUUCAUCUUGACAAAUCGGCAGAGUAUAGGUUUUUUAAGCCAUGGUUGGGUGAAGGUUUACUAAUUAAUACAGGAGAAAAAUGGAGAAGACAUAGAAAAAUAAUUGCCCCAGCAUUUCAUUUAAAUGUUUUGCGUUCAUUUGUCCCCUAUUUCUAUGAAAAUAGUCGUGAUGUUGUAAUGCGAAUGAAAAAAGAAAAUGGAAAAGAAUUUGAUGCACAUAAUUAUAUGUCAAGUAUCACUGUUGAUAUUUUAUUGGAAACUGCAAUGGGUUGUCGUGGUGAAAAUAAGGAGACAAGUGGUUUCGAUUAUGCCGUAGCAGUUAUGAAAUUGAGUGAAAUUCUUCAUCGACGACAUUAUGAUAUAUUAUUGAGAAUGGAUGCAUUCUUUAAAUUUACCAAUUUAGCUAAGCAGGAAGUGAAACUUUUAAAUACAAUUCAUACACUCACGUCACGUGUCAUUAGAAAACGUAAAGCUGAAUUUGCAGCAAAAGGACAACUUCCACUUGCCGAGAGGGAAAAACAAAAAGAAGAGGAACUCAAGAAAAUUAUGGAAAAUGUUAAAACUGAUGAGAAAAAAACGGCUUAUACAAAUUUACAUUAUGUUCGCGAUGAUCUUGAUGAAAUUGACGAGAAUGACGUUGGUGAGAAGAAAAGACUUGCGUUUUUGGAUCUCUUGCUAGAAAUGACAAGAGGAGAUGGUCCAAAAUUAACAGAGGAGGAAGUACGAGAGGAAGUCGAUACAAUUAUGUUUGAGGGUCACGACACAACAGCGUCUGGAUCAAGUUUUGCCCUUUGUGUCCUCGCAGCCCAUCAGGAUAUUCAAGCCCGUGUGUUUGAAGAACAACAGGAAAUUUUUAAGGGCACAGAUAGACCAUGCACAUUCCAAGAUACAAUUGAGAUGAAAUAUUUGGAAAGAGUUAUUUUGGAAACACUUAGAUUAUAUCCACCUGUACCGGCAAUUGCAAGACAUCUUAAUCAAGAUGUGAAACUUGCCUCUGGUGAUCACAUUGUACCAAAGGGAAGUACAGUUGUUAUUGCUCAAUAUAAAAUACAUCGAAAUGAAGAAUAUUAUCCAAAUCCUGAAGUUUUUAAUCCUGAUAAUUUUUUGCCUGAAAAAAUGCAAAGUAGACAUUAUUAUUCCUACAUUCCAUUUAGCGCUGGACCCAGGUCCUGCGUUGGAAGGAAAUUUGCAAUGUUGAAAUUAAAAGUGUUGCUUUCAACAAUUAUACGCAACUAUAAAAUUAAUUCGGACUUUACCGAAAAGGACUUUCAAUUGACAAUAGACAUCAUUCUCAAGAGAUCAGAUGGAUUUAAAAUAAAAUUAGAACCACGAGUCAAAGCCAGUGCAUAGAUAUUAUGAUAAUUAAAUUAUUACAAAAAUUGUAUAUUAUUUAUAUAAAGAUAGUAUAAAUAUAUUUAUAUAUAUAUAUAUAUAUAAAUAUGGCAUUAGGCUUUUGAAAUAAUAAAAUAAAUCACAAUUUUACAAAAAAA